UAAGAGUGAAAACUCUCCUCCUCUACUCACAUUACUACUUCUCACUCUUCUAGACUUUCACUUUUUGUCUCUUCUUGAUAUACUGCAUUAAUUAUGGCUUUUCUAACCAAUGCUGUCAGCUUCAUCCUGGUUGUGGUCCUUUGCAUCCAGCACAGUAAUGCUCAAGCAGUGCCAGACAGAUGCAGGUGUCCCAACACGUCCCAGAAGGCUUAUAAGUGGAAAAAUAUUGAAGAGUUUUCCAUCAUUGCACCAAGAUCCCGCUGCAAAGCUAAAGAGAUCAUACUGAUACUGAAGACAAAAGAUCAACGCUGUAUUAGCCCUAAUAUAUAUCAGGCGGUACAACUUCAGGAAUGCUGGAACAGCAUAAACAAAGAGGGAAAGAGAACCACUGUCAAGACGGUGGAGUGUGGAAAUCUCAGACAUGUGAAAAAAGAUAUGGAAAACACAACCACAGUACGUCAGCCCUGAGCAGAUGAAGAUGGGGACAUAUUUGUUUAAACUCCAGAACUCUUUGUGGUCAUGUGACCGAAACAAAAUUCAAUGGGAAUGCUGAUAUCCAGCUUCUUUCCUCUGUUUGGAAACUCCAGUUGGAUUACCAGGGCUCUCUGACAGACGCUUCCAAGAAUCGUCAAACACAGCUGUUAAGCAGAAAAGCCUUGCUGCGGGAUUAACAUGCGCACGGAAUGUUUUAUAGGCCUAAAGUGGGCCAUCACAAUAUUAUUUAGUAUUUAAAGCAUCUGAUAUUUAUUUAUACUUAUUCAAUGUUUUCAAUGUGUACAUUAUGUAUCUUAUGUCUAAGAGCGUUUCUCAUUUGAAACUUAUUUAAAAAAUGCACUCCAAAGUUCAAACAGAGAGUAAACAAACUCAAAGCAAACAUGAUCAGAGAUCAGUUUGCUGGUCAUGUGAUCCGUGUUCACACAGGAGGAUUGAGCCCCAUCUGCUGACCUGAAUAUAUAUAACGGUUUUGUUUUUUUCUUUUGAUAACUUACUCAAUGAUGAGAUCAUUACAAUGACAGAGUUCAUAAUUUCCACAUAAUAUCAUGCACGUUUUCUUUUCAAUUCGCAUUUAACCCAUUGCAUGGGUCAACUGUUAUAAAAUAAAAAGCUGUAAAUUUAAAUAUACAUCAGCAAUGGAUACAAUCGAUACCGGACAGAUAAUACUCAAGGCUAGAAUAAACAAGGACAAGAACAGACAUGUAUUUUUAUUGGUGUCAGUCAUUUGCUGCUUUACAGUCUGCAGGCCUCGUACAAGCAGAACUAUGUCGUAUUAUAACAGGCAAUAAGGCACGGAUAUAACAUAUCCUGUGCUUAUUCACAAUCCUGCAAACUGAAGUACAUGUACAUACUAAAAACUAUACAAACAGUCUGUGUAGUGUUUCAAAAUGUACAUUUAAAAAUAAAUAAACUAUGAAAGUA